AUGAAGGGUAGUUCUUCUCUACUCCUUGCAUCCAGCACCCUGCUGAGCGCUGCAAGUGGACUACAACUAAACAAACGACAUGAUCCUUCCGUCGUCUCAAUCAACUUUGAGAAGAAGACAAGAGAUUCCUCAGCGUCUCUAAGAAAGCGAGCUGAUGAUGUCGCUGAGAUGGACGUUGACAAGCACGGCACCAACUUUCUCUACUGGACCAACUUUACCAUUGGCACACCUCCACAGAACCUCUACGCCGAGAUCGAUACUGGUAGCUCUGACCUGCUCGUUCUAACGGAUGAGAUUAAAACAUGUGACAAGGAAGAGUGCAUCGGCAACAUUUUUACGAUCCAAAAGUCGAGAACCUUUGACUGGAUUGAGAGUGAAGAUCAAGUGUCUGGCUCUUUUGGGAGUGGAGAGUCAUGGUCGGGAUACUACGCCAACGACACCUUCAGCUUUGGCGACAUCAAGCUCGACAAUUUCCAAUUCGUCGCCACAACUGAGUACAACAGCACAACCGCUGGCAUCUUUAGCAUUUUUGGUAUUGGCCUUCCGAGUGGUCAACGUGCUGCCAAGAAGUUUCCCAGCCUUCCUUAUGCUUUGAGGAACGCCGGUGAGAUCAACACUGCUGCUUACAGUCUUUGGCUCGACGACGACCAAAGCGGUCACUUCUUAUUCGGUGGUGUCAACAAAGCCAAGUAUACUGGACCUCUGGUCACCUUUCCCAUUCCUUUAACCGAUCCCUCCGACACCGUCGCCGAAAGACUCCUAGUCGUCCUGGAAGGGUUCGGCACGACCAAUGAUGGCAAUUCUACCUCGAUCGACUUUUAUCCACGCCCCGUCCUGUUAGAUUCAGGCACAGUCAUGAGCCGGUUGACACAAGACAUGGCAUUGCACGUGAUGACAACCCUCGACGGCGUUAUCACCAAAGAAUAUGGCGCCAUGGUGCCUUGUGAUAAAGAUCACAAGUACACUCUUGACUUUACCUUUGGAGAGUUGACCAUCAAUGUUCCCCUUGCGUACUUUUUGACGAAACUCAGCGAUGAUGUUGGCUUUGAUGGUGUUUCUUACUGCAAAGUAUUCUACGACCCCAAAGCAACCGACAUCAUCCUCGGUGACGAUUUUCUCAAGGGAGCCUACGUGGUUUAUGACUACGAGAACUUGGAGAUCUCUUUGGCUCAGUACAAUCCCAAGGGAGGAAAAGACGAUAUCCACGAGAUCGUGAGGAAUGUCCCCGGGGCUACUCAAGCUAAGAACAUCCCUAUGAAGUUUGACCAGUACGAAGGCACCGAGAUGGGUGACCCAACAUCAGCCCCAUCGGAAAUCAAGACUGUUUCCAUGACCGUUAUUAGCAGUGGAACUGCCACCGCAACAGCUAUUGGUGAUCCCAGGUCCACCAACGCGGGACUGUCCAUCGCCAAACCCACAGAGGCUGGAGACGCUAAGAGCUCGGAUGAAGACAGCGCGGCGGCGAGAAGUCUACCAGGGAAUGCCAUCUCUGCCGUCAUUUUUGGAGUGAUCACUGGGGUGUUGUGUAUGUGGUAG